AAACAAAUUGUCCCAGAUAUAACGUGGUCGCUGCUAAAAUAAACCAACGGAUUUCUUUUUUUCUUCAUUGUUUAUUUAUUUAAUUAAAAAAAAAAAUUAGUACAAAUAUUUAUAAUAAUUGUGCUGGUAUUUAUUUAAGUUAAAAGUACAACGAUAAUAUUGAUAAUAUUAUUGUUCAAAACAACAACAAUCCAGAGGCAAAAAUAUCCAUCCAAACUUGUUAAACAAUUUUUUGGAGGGAAAUCACAGAAUGGCAGACGUUACUGAACAUGUACCAUUUACGGAUGCCGCAGCGGCAAUAUCACAAGGAAAAAGACAUUUACUUGUUCGUGAUUACACUGCAGCAGUAACAGCAUUUGCUGAGGGUUUAGAAUUAUUAUCUCAAAAACAUGGAGAUUGUGGUGAUGAACUUGGUGAACCAUAUCUUCUUUAUGGUCGUGCAUUACUUGGAUUAGCACGUGAAGAAGCUGGAGUACUUGGUGAUGGUGUACCAGGCACAGAAGAAGGUGAUGAAGAUGUUGAAGUUGAUGAUGAUGAUGAAGAUAAUGAUGAUGAAAAAGAAGAACCUGAAUCAACUACCAGUGAUGUUAAAGAUGCUUCAACAGAUAAAAAAACAGAUCAAAUUGAAAAAUCAAAAGAUGAUAAAGAAUCUGAAAAUAAAAAAAUUGUUAAUGAUGAUAAUAAAAAAGAAGAAAAAUCUGAUGAUAAAAGUGAAGUAAAGGCUGAUGAUAAAACUGAAGUAAAAGUUGAUGAAAAAAAAGAAGAAAAAGUUGAUGAAAAAAAAGAAGUAAAAGCUGAUGAAAAAAAAGAAGAAAAAAUUGAUGAAAGUUUACCUGGUUCAAGUAAAGAUGAGCCAGUUUCAAAUGGUAAAAAUGGUAAUGCUGAGGCAAAUGGUGCUGCUGGUGAUGAUGAAGAAGAUGCCGAUGAUGUUAAUGAAGAAGAUGCUGGUCGUGGAAUUGAUUUACAAGUUGCUUGGGAAGUACUUGAACUUGCAAAAAUAGUAUUUUCAAAACGUGGUAAAACUGGUAUAAAACAACUUGCUGAAGCACACAGACUUCUUGGUGAAGUUGCUAUGGAAAGUGGUAAUCCAGAAGUUGCUAUUGCUGAUUUAGAAAAUGCUCUAACAAUACUUGAAACUAUUGAACCACUUGAUCCAAGAUCAAUGGCUGAAUUAAAUUAUCAACUUGGUUUAGCACAUUCAUUAACAAAUGAUUUUGAUAAAAGUAUAAGUCAUUUUAAUAAAGCCACAACAUUACUUGAAGCAAGAAUAAAAGAAUUAGAAUCUACAAAUGAAUCAGUUAAAAAAAAUGAAGGUGAAAUUGCUGAACUUAAAGAAUUAUUACCUGAAAUAUUGGAAAAAAUUGCUGAUAUGAAAGAUUUUAAACAAGAAGCAUGUAGACUUGUUAUUGAAGGAAUUAAAAAACAAGCUAGUAGUGGUAGUACAAAUGGAGCUGGACCAAGUUCAGCUGGUACAUCAACAAGUGCUGAUACAACAACUGCUCCAGUACCAACAGCUAAACCAGCAAGUGAUAUAUCACAUCUUGUUCGUAAAAAACGUAAAAAUGAAGAUCCAGAAGCUGAGACUGCAUCACCAUGCAAAAAACCAACUCCAUAAAUCAUUAAUUAUACUUUAGCUAAUUAAGAUUUAUAAGUUUUUUUUUUUUUUACUUGAAAUUUUCUCAGUUAAACACGUGUAUGACAUGAUUAAUAACUCAUAAUAGUAAAAUAUUUUUUUAUAACAGUCUUAUCAAUCAAUCAAUCAAUCGUCAUUACAUAUUUAG